AUGGUGCGGAGAGGAAUCGCUCCUGCCUCCCUGUACCGUUUGUACUCUCUCCUUCUCGUCAAGGAGUCUCUGUCCAGGCUGUUCGCCCGCUGCGGCCACGUCCAGUCUGUGGACAUCUGUGAGAAGCCGGGGCUGGGAGAGAAAAAAGAGAAACUCACGUCCAAAUUCUUCAACUGCAAAACUGUAACGGGCUUUCAGGUAGCAUAUGUGGUGUUCAGGAAACCAUCUGGUGUCCAGGCAGCCAAGGCCCUGUCACGGGAAGAUCCCUUGCUGAUAUCAACAGAGAGUCACCCUGUGAAAACUGGCAUUAGCAAGUGGAUCGCCAGCUAUGCCGCCUCAAUUGUGGAUGAGGAGGAGCUCAAGGCUGAGGUGGACGCCUACAUGCAAGACUAUGACAAAAAGAUGGCAGAGGAAGAAGCCAAAGCGGCCAAGGAGGAAGGUGUUCCAGAUGAGGAAGGCUGGGUGAAGGUAACACGGAAGGGCCGGAAGCCCGGCCUGCCCCGCACAGAGGCUGCCAACCUGCGGGUGCUGGAGAGGGAGAAGCAGAAACGGGCCCGCAAAGAGCUGCUCAACUUCUAUGCCUGGCAGCAUCGUGAGACCAAGAGAGAGCACAUCGCCCAGUUGAGGAAGAAAUUUGAGGAGGACAAGCAGAGAAUUGCGCUGAUGCGAGCCCAGCGCAAGUUUCGGCCGUACUAAGCUGUGCUGAGCUAUUUUCUUAGAUGUCUGUACUGGAGAGGGUGGGAGAGAUGCCUAUGGACUCUAUGUGCCAAGGGAUUUCAAGGAAUUGAGGCAGCUUCAGGUUGUCCCUGCCCUUGGAUCUGAAGCGGGAGAUCCCAGCAACUGCCACUGGAGGAGGAGUUUCCUUCAUCGCACGGUUAUCUUCCUGCUCUCC